AUGGCGGAGAUUGCUUCCUAUUUCAUCGUAGAAAAGAACACCUUCUUGCACGUCCAAGAGGGUGAGGAGAUCCGACCACGAGCACGAAGUGCUUCAUGGUCCUGUGGUGACACAUGGCUCGAAGACUCUCGAAUUGAGCUUCUGCCCAUUGAGAAGCCCUCGGAGCUCAAAUUGAAGUACAAAAACAAUGCAGAGGAAGUAUGCGAUGAGUGUUUGCAGCCUACGAAGCCUGCAAAGCAGAUGGCUGAGGAGACUGCAAGCAAGUGCCACGCUUGUGUGUUUUAUGCGAGCCGCUUUGGAUGCUCUCUCGCCACUUGCCCCUUCGUUCAUGACCUCAUUGAUGCAAAGCCACAAAAGCGUGCUCGUCCUCAGAAACACACCCGCAAGACGUCCAAAUGCGCCGUAGACGAGCUCUUUCAACACAUGCAGGAUCCCGCUCCAGCACCUGGCAUCUAA